AUGCCAACUGUCUCCACUGUCAAUCUCUCGGCACCACUCCUCCUCCUGUUGCUAUGGGCAACCAACCCCACCAUGGCAACCAACUGGCUCUCCCUGGCGAGGCUGCCUCGCUCCAGGCCUGUGUCUGGUUCUGCCCCAUGUGCACGGCUGAGGGGGCUGACCCCCGGGCAGGUGGGGGUGUGCAGGGCGCGGGGGGAGGUCAUGGAGUCCGUGCGCAAGGCAGCAGAGAUGGUCAUAGAAGAGUGCCAGCACCAGUUCAGGAAUCGCCGUUGGAACUGUUCCACCACCCCACGUGGGAUCAACGUAUUUGGCAGAGUUAUGAACCAAGGCACUCGUGAGGCGGCCUUCGUGCACGCGUUGUCCUCCGCUGCCGUGGCAGUGGCUGUGACCCGGGCCUGCACCCGGGGGGAGCUGGAGAGGUGUGGCUGUGACAGGAAGGUCAGGGGGGUCAGUCCUGAGGGUUUCCAGUGGUCCGGCUGCAGCGACAACCUGUCCUACGGCGUGGCUUUCUCCCAGACGUUUGUGGACGAACCAGAGCGAGCCAAGGGUGUGUCAGCCGGACGACCACUCAUGAAUCUCCAUAACAACGAGGCCGGUCGAAAGGCCAUCCUUCACAACAUGCAGGUGGAGUGUAAGUGUCACGGCGUCUCCGGCUCCUGCGAGUUGAGGACCUGCUGGAAGGUCAUGCCUCCAUUCAGGCGUGUCGGCGUUGGGCUCAAGGAACGCUUUGAUGGAGCCACGGAGGUCCGUCUGACUCGUAUAGGAUCCAGGACCGCCCUGCUCCCCCGUGACCCCCAGGUCAAACCCCCUGCUGCCAGAGACCUUUUGUACCUUGCGCCCUCUCCAGAUUUCUGCCACCUUGACCCUGAGAACGGUAUCCCUGGGACUGCUGGUAGGAGAUGUAACGGAACCUCUCGGCUGGCACCAGAUGGCUGCGAGCUGGUGUGUUGCGGCCCGGGAUACAGAGCAGGUCGGGCGGAGGUGGUGCAGCGCUGCUCCUGCAAGUUCUCCUGGUGCUGCUCAGUCCGCUGCCAGCAGUGCAAGAACACAGUCACCAUUCACACCUGCCGAGUGUAA